AAGUCGACUUUUGGAUCCCGGCACCCACCGGCAUUCACUUCUUUAUCUUUAGCCACUCGCACGAAAAUUUACAAUUUACAAUAGAUCUUUAUUCACUAAAGAGAAGUACCGUGUACUUGUUGAAAAAAACCACGUAAGUGCGUGUGUUUUUCAGUUUCCAAAUUUGCCUAUACCACCGAUCUGUAGAAAAUAUCCAAACAUGUUAACUAGUUCCAAAAGACGAUUUAAUAGUAUCUCGAAUCUCAUCUGGUUUAUUGCGAUUGGAACUCUUUUGUGCGAACAAUCCCAAGCUGAUGUACCACGUCCGCUUGGCGUUGCUUUGACGAAAGCCACUUUAUAUAAACCAGGUUCGGGAGAUACUUGGGAGUGUUUGGACGGCAGCAAAACGUUAAAGUAUGUGCAAAUUAAUGAUGACUAUUGCGAUUGUACGGAUGGCAGCGAUGAGCCAGGAACUGCGGCUUGUCCUCAAGCAACAUUCCACUGUGUAAAUCAGGGUCAUCGUUCACAAGACUUACCAAGUUCACGUGUUAACGAUGGCAUAUGCGACUGCUGUGAUGGUAGCGACGAAUAUGAAGUCACUAGAUGUCCCAACCAAUGUGAUGAAUUAGGACGGGCUGAACGUGAGCAGAGGAAAUCACAAGCGGAAAUGUUAAGAAGGGGUGCUGCUAAGCGUUCUGAAAUGGUGGCUAAGGGUCAACAUCUGAAGACGGAAAGAGAAAGACGUCGCCAAGAAUUGGAACAACGUCGUCAAGAGCAAGAGACUUUAAAAAAAGAGAAGGAAGAAUUGAAGAGCUAUGCCGAAUAUAUGGAAGCGGAGGCUGUGGCCUUUUUUAAAGAAAUCCAUAAAGAAUCAGAAGCUGCUGUCGUUGACACUCCAACUGAAAGCGCUACAGCAAAACCCGAAGAUUCUUUACUAAGCGAAGCUGCACAACUCUUCUCGCGCUACGAUACAAACAAAGAUGGUUAUGUGGAAAUAAUUGAACUGCAAGUCGAUAUAAAUUUAGAUAGAGAUCGCAACGGAAUGGUUAGUAGUGAAGAGGCAAAAUACUACUUAGAUGAACGUGAUCGUAUCGAUCUCGAAUCAUUUGUGGCAUUAUCAUGGCCACGUAUUAAGCCAAUGUUGAUGGUAGCUCAAGGUAUAUUCAAGCCUCCACAUUCCUCGGAAGACGACGAUGAAGAAGAAGCAGAUGCAGGAACAGACACUGAACAUUACCAAAAUGCCGAAUUGGAUGACAUGUUAAAGGAAUAUAAUGAACGUGGUGAAGAAAUUACUCGAAAACCAACUUACCAACAAGAAGAAGAAGAGGAGGAGGAAGCCUACGAAGAUGACGAGGCUGAUGUAGGCGAAGGUACUGUAGAAAAUACCAACACCCCAGAACCAGAAUAUGAUGAGGGAACCAAACACCUAAUUCAAUUGGCCAAUGAAGCUCGUAAUGCAUUUUCCGAAGUUGAACGAAGUAUUCGCGAGAUUGAGCAAGAGAUCAAAGAAAUAGAUGAUCAAGAUUCUAAAGACUAUGGACCCCACGAUGAGUAUGCAACACUCGAAGGAGAAUGCUUCAAGUUUGAAGAUCGUGAAUAUGUCUAUACAUUGUGUCCCUUCGAAAGGGCAUCGCAACAGGGUCGUGGCGGUGGUGGCGAAACGACACUUGGCAGAUGGGAUCAGUGGUUGCACGAGGGCGAACGAAAAUACACAAAACAAAAGUACGCACAUGGCGCAUCGUGCUGGAAUGGACCACAGCGUUCUGCAAUAGUACAGUUGAGAUGUGCUUUGGAAUCGAAAAUUACAUCGGUUAGUGAGCCAAAUCGUUGUGAAUAUUUCUUUGAGUUUGAGACGCCAGCUGCUUGUGACGAAGAAGCAUUCCAUGCCGAAGAACAGCGUUUUAAGGAUGAAUUGUAAAAUAAAAAAAAACUGGAAAGCUUAAACAAGUGUAGGGGCAGUUAUUCACACAAGACCGAAACGUUUUUUAAAGUUUUAUUAUAUAAGUUUACAUUGAGCGACUAGCCAAUUUAGUAACUCUAUUAUAUUUGACUUUUGUCCGUGUUUUUGUUUUGGAUCUGAAAUUGAUUUUUUUAUAAAUAUACUUAAAGUAGAUUCUGAAAAUUAUUUUCAAAGUUAUCAUUCCUUUUCAAUGUAUUUAUAAUGAUUUUUUAAUAAAUGGAAAAAAAAUA